AGGAAGAUGCCGUAAUUUUGAAAGAAGAGGAAGAACCUUUUGGAGUAAAAGAGGAAGAGGAGGCUAUCUCAAUUAAAGUGGAGGAGGAAGACGUUUUGGGAGUGAAAAAGGAUGAGGCUGAAGAUUCGAGUAAGACCAGAGAGAGACAUGACUAUGGUGGAUCCUCUGGGGAGCCUCAACAACCCCAUGAAGCUGAAGAGGCAGAGAAGAGUCUCUCCAGAUCAGAACACCAGAUGGACAACGCUAGCCCUUCCUUCCUCCCGGAGUCCCCGUGGCGUGCCUCUCCCGGUAGCACCUUACUGCUGGGUAUGAAGAGGUUGUCUGUGCUGCUGGUGGACUGCAGGAAAACAACGGGGCUGAGUGGAACUGUGAGAGGAGGAGAAGAGAAGAAAGGAUCAGAUUUGACUCAUCAAAGUGAAAGACCAGACUCAGAAGAACCAGAGCCAGGGACGUCCAAACCAACAAGACGACACCAGUGCUCCCACUGUGGAAAGAGUUUUAACCUCUUGUGGGAGCUGAAACAACAUGAGAGAAUACACACAGGGGAGAAGCCUUUCCACUGCUCCCAGUGUGGAAAAAGUUUUAGCCAUAAAGGAACCCUGAACAAACACGAGAGAAUACACACAGGGGAGAAGCCUUACCACUGCUUCCAGUGUGGAAAGAGUUUUAACCUGUUAGGGUCUCUGAAACGACAUGAGAGAUUACACACAGGGCAGAAGCCUUACCACUGUUCCCAAUGUGGAAAGGGUUGUAACCUCUUAUGGGAGCUGAAACAACAUGAGAGAACACACACAGGGGAGAGGCCUUACCACUGCUCGCAGUGUGGAAAGAGUUUUAACCAGAAAGGACACAUGAAAGCUCACGAGAGAAUACACACAGGGGAGAAGCCUUACCGCUGCUCCCAGUGUGGAAAGAGUUUUAGCCGGUUAAGGAACCUGAAAGUUCACGAGAUAAUACACACAGGGGAGAAGCCUUACCAGUGCUCCCAGUGUGGCAAGUGUUUUAACCAGUUAGGGGCCAUGACACAACACGAGAGAAUACACACGGGGGAGAAGCCUUACCACUGCUCCCAGUGUGGAAAGUGUUUCAACUGGUCAGGGGAUCUGAAAAAACAUGAGAGAUUACACACAGGGGAGAAGCUUUACCACUGUUCCCAAUGUGGAAAGGGUUGUAACUUAUUAUGGGAUCUGAAACAACAUGAGAGAACACACACAGGGGAGAAGCCUUACCACUGCUCACAGUGUGGAAAUAGUUUUAAACUGAAAGGACACCUAAAAGCUCACCAGAAAAUUCACACGGGGGAGAAGCCUUACCACUGCUCACAGUGUGGAAAGUGUUUCGGCAGGUCAGGUGAUCUGAAGAAACAUGAGAGAAUACACACAGGGGAGAAGCCUAACCACUCCUCACAGGGUGCAAAUCUUUUGCCCAUUUAGGAAGCAUGAAAGAACACAUGAGACUGCACACAGAGGAGAAAAGCUCAGACUGUGGGAAAACAUAUUGCUCAUAUUACUCGUAACAUAUUACACUUAAACGUCAUUAGAGAAUCUACACAGGAGAGAUAAAUUCUCUUAGCGUGUAUAGUGAUAUUUCACAUCACAUUGACUUAACAUUCAUCAGAGAACAUACACAGUGCUCCCGUUGUCUUAUAUUGUUGACUGAUAAUGUGUUUACCUGUUUUUACCAUAUGAAAUUGCUUCUUCCAAUUAUUACCUGUACCUGUUAAGAAACUGACUGUUGGAACUGUUAAGGCUCCAUGGAUUGAUGAGGAAUUUAAAAAAUGUAUGUUUGAAAGAGAUGGGGGAAAAGGAGUGGCUAGUACGUCUGGCUGCACAUCUGAUUGGCUGAGAAAUGAUGUGACCAAACUCAACAAAAAGAAGAAGAAACUUUAUUAUGAAGCCAAGAUCAAUGAUAUAAAGAAUGAUGGGAAGGAAACAGUGAGCAAUUAUAUUCAUGCAUAAAAAAAAAAAUAAAUGAAAGAAAAGCAGUUGCAAGUUUGAA